CAAUGGGGGUGUUGUGGUAUUUAUUUAGCUUCAAAAUAGUUUUUUAUUGGAUUAUCUAUAAGAAGAAGCUGUAUAGAUACGAGUUAUAGUGAUAUUAUUAGUGAUUUAUAUUAAAUUUACAGACGUCUACAGGAAAACGUGUGGUUUCUAUUACCAAAGAAACCCAAAUCCCCCCUACCUUUAUCUGUAAACAUGGCACAUGCCAGUAUGUGUGCAACUUGUGUAAAGUUUUGGCGCUGAUGUUUCAUAGUUUAUUAUUAGCAACGUAUGUAUCUGUUUUGUCAGCUUGUUUUCAAAAUAGAAGUAAAGAUUGAACGCAUUUGCUGAAACCCAGGUACAGUAGUUCCCAGGGGUGCAUUGUCAACCUGCAAGGAUGGCUGAUACAAGGAAAACUCCUAUUAUCCAAAUAUCUGGACUCAAAAGAUUGAGCAUUAAGAAGAAAAUACUAGAGUGUAUCCAGGCACUGGGGGGUACAUAUCUCGGUGGUUCGAUCUACAGAGACUGUGCUACACAUCUUAUUGUAAGAAGAGCAUGUGCAAGUGAAAAGUUUUUAGCUGCUUCUGCUGCAGGUAAAUGGAUACUACCUCCAGAGUAUGUAUUAGACAGUGGUAAGCAUGGCAGGUGGCUGAAUGAACAGUCUUAUCAGUGGCAUUCAUCAGUGUUGAAGGACUGGUCCCCACGUGAACUUCAGAUCCUGAACUCUGCUAAAUGCUGGCGUCAGAAGCUGGCCAGCUCCAAGAUGCCAGGUGCUUUCCAAGGCUGGAAAGUUGUUCUACUCACUGAAGAUGAUGAACACCGGCAGAUGUUUGAACGUGUCUUGAAAGCUGGGAAUGCCAUUGUGUACCAGCAGAUAUCUGCAUCCAGCGAAAUUACACAUGUUUUCAAGAAAAAGGUGGAAAUUGAUAAAGAGCACAUGAAGGCCUUAAAUGUACCUUGCUACUCUGUGAGCUACAUAGGUGAAUAUUUAUAUGGGAAGGAGAUUGCAGAGUCCCGGGCCCACAUGUUGGAUUCUGAUGAGGAUAAUUGCCUGGAUCUGUCUCAAUGCAGCACUGUAAACUCACAAACAGAUAUACUUACUGAUUUCGAUAUGGGAGAUGAGGAGUGGUCCAAAUUGGAAAGCACACUGAAGGAUGAGAUCUGUGCACCAGAGGCUUUGAAGAGCAAAUAUGUGCCAACCCUUAUUGAUUGUUAUAUCACAGAUGUUCCCCAAGGCCAGAGUAUUAAUUCUGGUUUUAGCCAGGGCUCCAUUCACAGGAUUGAAUAUCUUCUAGCGGAUGCACUUUUCACUGAAGCACUGGAGGAGCUCAGAUACUGUCUAUCAGCUGGUGGACUCCCCCCUGCACCACUUAUUCAUUCUUUAAUGAAACAUGCACUGGAGGGUGAUGCUGGUCCAGUUUUCUCUCCCAUGUUUAUGGGUAUUUUGCUAGAGAUUCUCCACCAUAACCCUCCAUGGCGGGUACCUUUGAGAGUGAGUUACUUCCUGGACAUUCUCCAGUGUCCUGACUGUAAAAAAGGGACAUGGUCAUUGCUGGAGAUGGCUAUAAGAUUCUGUAUUGAUGGUGGACCUUUCUGCCACCACACUCCUGGUCCAGUUCAGCCUGGGCUCACAGAAUUCCUUGUAGAACUUUUGAGAUAUUUUCUCAGGCUGAUUGAGUAUGAUCUACAUGAUUUAAACUCCAACAACUCAGGAGAUUGGAAGGGUGCAAAUCCUACGGUCCUGGUGAAGAUUUUUUGGAGUGUAUGGGAAAAAUCCAAGCUGACCACUAACCCUAUUGAGCGGCUAACAGAAUUUGUUGUCAUUGCCACCAAAUGGCUAAAUGCAUCAAAAGAGGCUGCCAAGAUAGAACUGGUUUACAUACUGCAUUCAAUCCUGGGGGUAGUAGUGGAGUACUGGAUUCGAGAAAACCUGAACUGGGAUCUGACAGAAAAAGGAGUGAAAGACUUGGCUGAAUAUCUUGUUAUGUUAUGUGAAGAUUUCUCCUUCACGGAUUUAGAGACACUUAUUACGUACCAGCAGUCCCCCUGGCUGAACAUGUUUACUGCAGAUGCCAUCUACAGAAAGUUCUGUUUACAGAACAGCAUUGCAUUUCACCCAGAACCUCUUUCUUUGUUUAAAAUUGUCUCCUCAUAUGUAACAGCCCUGGGGAGACUGAGCAGUUCUGGGCCAAGCCGAGCGAGAAACCCCGGGGGAAAGAAGAUGGGACCGUGGCCUGGGAUUGAACCUCACACACCAGAGUUCACUCCCAGUGAUGACAGCCAAAGCCCUGCCAAUGUGCUGCCAAAUCUCCCGGCAUUUAAAAAGUCCAUCGGAGAUUCCAAGCCCCUCCCAGCACACAUGAACAUUCCAAAGGGGCUGCACAAAGUUAACAUGGUUGGAGAGACGCUGUUACAUAGAGCCUGCAAGCGGAACCAAGUCGAGAGGUUGAUCGGUGCCCUUCAUGUUCCUGGGGUUGACAUUAAUGUUAAAGACCAUGCAGGCUGGACGCCCUUGCAUGAAGCCUGCAACCAUGGCAGCAUUGAGUGUGUGCAUGCCAUCCUGCAGCACUGCCCGGAUGUAGAUCUUCUUACCCAGGUGGACGGGGUGAGCCCCCUGCAUGAUGCGCUCAGCGUUGGAGAGUUGGACAUUGCCAAGCUGCUCCUCCGACAAGGCGGAGCCGUGUUGUUACAGCAGAGGGAUAAGAGUGGAAGGACGCCGCUGGAUUAUGUCCAUUCUCAGCCACUGAAAGAGGAGCUUCUGGACAUUGUGCGAGAGGGUAACUCUCCCAGGGACGGCCAGGGUGACAAGCUGUUGGAUGACGCCUUCUUGGAGAUGUGCUCCUGCCUCCUGAGCUGUCUGAUAAUGAACUACCUGGUGGUGUACAACCUGCCAAUGCAUGGCAGCUUCGAGUCCAGUGAAGAGGUGAACUCACAGCUGGCUCGCUUUGUGGCUGUUCACACCUUUGAGAAGGUGACCAGCAUGUGGAAGGAAUCCCGGCUGAUUCGGCACGCUAAGGACAUAGAGACCUUGCUGAAGAUGUCAGAGUAUUACCAGCAGGUGCCUAACGUCCUCAAGAAGGGCUGUGGGAUACACAGUGAGAUUCUGCUAGCGUACCUGCAGAUUUUGGCAUUUCAGAGUGAACAGCUGAACAAAAACCAGGGGUGACCACAAGUGCAAGCCUGGGAGUCCAGCCCUCUGAUCGCUCAGCUGAGGCUAAACAGAUCAGUAAUUGUUAUCUUGGACGUUGUCACUACUUAAAGUCAAGCAACACAGUUCUUGCUGAUUACUUGGUUGCAUUAGGGCACCCACUAUUUAGCUCUUUUUACAAGCUGGGAUAAGGGGAAGUUCCUAAUAAAUAUUUAUGCAUAGUGUAUAGCUGAGUGAAUAUCUUGCACUUGACACUGUUUAUUGUUGAGCGGUGUCCGAAAUGCUGUUAUAAAUCACUUAACUUUAUUGAAACAUCAUGAAAAAUGUUUCAGAAUGGCUGAAUUAAAUGUUGUGCCUGAUUGAGUGGAGAGGGGGAGUUGAAUGUAAACAGUACUAAAAGCAAGCAGGUUCGGUUUUUUGAGUCCUUAAUAAAGUAGGUUGUAACAGUGGCAGUGUGGUCCAGUGGUUAAAGAAACGGGUUUAUAACCAGGAGGUCCCUGGUUCAAAUCCCACCUCAGCCACUGACUCAUUGUGUGACCCUGAGCAAGUGACUUAACCUCCUUGUGCUCCGUCUUUCGGGUGAGACAUAAUUGUAAGUGACUCUGCAGCUGAUGCAUAGUUCACACACCCUAGUCUCUGUAAGUCGCCUUGGAUAAAGGCGUCUGCUAAAUAAACAAAUAAUAAUAAUAAUAAUAAUAAUAAUAAUAAUAACAAGCUGGUAAAAAAAGUACUUUUAACACUGAAUUUAGAAUGCUUUUUAGACGCCAAUUUAAAAAGCCUGUGUAACCGGUUGCAGAAUUAACAGGUUUCAAUGAAUAUCCCAAAUCAACUAACAAGUUUAUUAUCAGACAGCUCAACUAACUAACUACAAAUAUAUAUAUUCUGAAAGGUGAGUGAUUUUAUAACGUUAAUACCAGAGUCUCAACUGUAAAAUUGUUAUUACAUUGUUAUGCUUUUUGUUCAAAUUUAAAUACGGUGCCUUGGUAAAUAUUUCCAAUAAAGUCUUAUUUUAACUA